CGGAGGAGGAGGCGGGGGCGGGCGCAGGGCGAGAGGGGCCGGCCCAGGGCCGCGCUACGUGUCGCGGAGCCCUUAUAGCCCCGGCCCGCCCGGCCCUCCGCGCCGCCCGCACCAUGUCGAGCCCGGAGCACACGGGAUCCACCAACGUGGUCUACCAAGCCCACCACGUGAGCAGGAGCAAGAGAGGACAAGUUGUGGGUACCAGAGGAGGAUUCCGAGGCUGCACCGUUUGGCUGACAGGCCUUUCUGGAGCCGGCAAGACGACCAUCGGCUUUGCCCUGGAGGAGUACUUGGUGUCCCACGGCAUCCCUUGCUAUUCCCUGGAUGGCGACAACGUCCGGCACGGCUUGAACAAGAACCUGGGCUUCUCGGCGGCCGACCGCGAGGAGAACAUCCGGCGCAUCGCCGAGGUGGCGCGGCUCUUCGCCGACGCCGGGCUCGUCUGCAUCACCAGCUUCAUUUCCCCCUUCACCAAGGAUCGUCAAAAUGCACGGAAAAUUCACGAGGCAGCUGGACUCCCUUUCUUUGAAAUCUUUGUAGAUGCUCCUUUAAAUAUCUGUGAAAGCAGAGAUGUGAAGGGCCUGUACAAAAAGGCAAGAGCUGGAGAGAUCAAAGGGUUCACGGGGAUCGACUCGGAGUACGAGAAACCCGAAGCUCCUGAACUGGUGCUGAAAACGAACGUUGCAUCAGUGUCUGAAUGCAUCCAGCAGGUUGUGGAGCUCCUCCAAGCACAGAAUAUCGUUCCCCAGGGCUCAAUUAAGGACGUUCUUGAGCUGUUUGUGCCUGAAAAUAAGCUCAGCAGUGUCCGAGCUGAGGCAGAGAAGCUGCCAUCCGUGGAGAUCACUAAGCUGGAUCUGCAGUGGGUGCAGGUGCUGAGCGAAGGCUGGGCCACCCCGCUGAAGGGCUUCAUGCGUGAGGCAGAGUACCUGCAAGUGCUCCACUUUGGCACCCUGCUCAACGAUGGCGUGGUGAACCUGAGCAUCCCCAUCGUGCUGCCGGUGUCCUCGGGGGACAAGCAGCGGCUGGAGGGCUGCGAGGCGCUGGCGCUCAGCUACCAGGGCCGCAGGGUGGCCGUGCUCAGGAGCCCCGAGUUCUUCGAGCACAGGAAGGAGGAGCGCUGUGCCCGUGUCUGGGGCACCACCUGCCCCAGGCACCCCCACAUCCAGAUGGUGAUGGAGAGCGGAGACUGGCUGGUCGGUGGAGACCUCCUUGUCCUGGAGAAGAUCAAGUGGGACGAUGGGCUGGACCAGUACCGCCUCACACCACGGGCUCUGAAGCAGAAGUUCAGGGAGAUGAACGCUGACGCCGUCUUUGCGUUCCAGCUGCGCAACCCCGUCCACAACGGGCACGCCCUGCUCAUGCAGGACACGCGGCGCCAGCUCCUGGAGAGGGGCUACAAGAACCCUGUGCUCCUCCUGCACCCCCUGGGGGGGUGGACCAAGGAUGACGACGUGCCGCUGGAGUGGCGGAUGAAGCAGCACGCGGCCGUGCUGGAGGAGCAGGUCCUGGACCCCAAGUCGACCAUCGUGGCCAUCUUCCUCCCCAUGCUCUACGCCGGCCCCACGGAGGUGCAGUGGCACUGCCGAGCUCGGAUGAUCGCAGGGGCCAACUUCUACAUCGUGGGGCGCGAUCCCGCGGGAAUGCCGCACCCCGACACCAAGAAGGACCUCUACGAGCCCACGCACGGCGGGAAGGUGCUCAGCAUGGCCCCGGGGCUCACCUCGGUGGAGAUCAUCCCCUUCAGGGUGGCCGCCUACAACAAGCUGAAAAGGGCCAUGGAUUUUUAUGACCCCAAAAGGCACGACGACUUCGACUUCAUCUCAGGAACGCGCAUGAGGAAACUCGCUCGGGAAGGUGAAAACCCACCGGAUGGCUUCAUGGCCCCCAAAGCCUGGAAAGUCCUCACCACCUACUACCAGUCACUGGAAAAGAAGAACUAACGCUUCUCUCCUCCUCCUCCUCCUUCCCAGAAAUACUUGUAUUAAGAGUGAGCAAUGAUUGAUUGAUUCCCUAUGACACAGAUCAGUUACGUGGCAUUUCCAGUGCUCCGACCGUGGGAUUUUCCCACCCGGGUCAGGGUGGUUUUUACUAAUCAGAAAUACUUCGAGCCUGGUCCUUCUCCCCUUGAAGCUGCUGGGAGCAUCCUCGUGGAGCUGGAAGGGAAGGGCAGCAGGUCCCUUCAUUCACUCCCAGCUGAUCCUGGUGGCAGGAAGCCCAGCACAGCCUCCAGGUGGGCCACACGGAUAUUUUGGUGCUGCCGGGCCACGCACCAGCUCCCAGUGCCGAGAUGGGGCCUCGGCACCGGGAUAAAUCCCACCUGUCCCCUGCGUGGGGCAGGAAUGAAGAAGUGCCUUCCCAGUGCCCCUCUCCUGACGAGGCAGGAGCAGGUGCUGAAGUGAGGAGCGGAUGCUGCUGCCGGGCUGGGAGAGGGAAAUGGGCACCCUGUGCCCGGAUCCAGUCACCACCCUCCAGGUUGUGCCUUAGACAAUUGUCCCUAAUAAACAGCGGAAUCUUUUUAAUGCCCUUUCUUAAAAGGAUUUUUUACAGUCAGCCUUGACCACCACCACCAGUUCCUCGUGGCCGAGCCAGUUGCUCGCUGUCAUUCCUUGUUUCCUCCUGCUGGACCUCUGUGGUCCAACAGAACCCGGGCUGAGCAUUCCUGGUGCUCUGGGUCCAGCUCUCCGUGGGGACUGUGCCUUUGGUGCUCCCUGUGCUCACAGCCUGGCAGGAAAAGCAGGCCUGGGACGCACCUGAGACCUCUCAGAAAGCUCUGGGCAACAAGCAAGAAUUGGGAGGUGCCAGCAGAGGACAGUCUCUUGUUACUCCAGCCACCUGAAUUUGUGAUUUUUAUACCUGUCCUCCCCUAGUAGCUGCCCCAGAUCCGGUCAGGAUGUGUUCCCAAGGAACAGGAACCAGCAUUCCCUUCUUGUCGUGCUUCAGUGUUAAUUCCAAACGGAUCCACGUCCAGCAAAACCAACCAGCUUGUCAGGGUAGGGAGCGACACCGCCAGCUCGGAGCCGCUCUGCUGGGGCCAUGGCACAGCCUCCAGGCCUUGGGAUAUGGUGGGAAACAACCCCCCAAAAAGGCUCGUUGGGUGGGGUUUUAAGUCAUUUUUUUAAAGCCUUUGGAGCACAGAGCCCAAAGCUUGUGUUAUAGUCCAAGGAAAUGCUGCAGCCCCCGUGGUGGGAGCUGACAGCACCUCAUCUGCUCAGGCCCUCUGGCAGGGACCUGCAAGCCAAAAGCAAGAUUCCCACUUUGGAUUUUUAAGGAGUGAAGUGGCGCUGUUGCUGCUCAUCAUUAAAACAAUCCAGCAUUAAAAAACCCUCUGUGGUAAAUCCAGGUGGUUACAGCAAACACUGCUGUUGUAUCGUCCUGUUAAACCAGCGUAGUGUCCUGAUUACAGUAUGAGGGCUGGGGCUUUUAUAGUGUAUUUAUUGAAGACAUGAGACUGGAAUUUGUACUUCAACUGAUGGCAUCUCAUGAUUUAAUAUAUUCUGAACUCGCUGCUCUGCUACGAAACCCUCACUUUUAGUACAAAUAAAUAUUUAUACACGUUAA